AUGUCUCAAAUAACCCUGUUAUUAAAGCCAAGAGUAAAAAAAUAUUUAGGAGAAUUUGUGAUACUGAGUGGAUUUGUGAUUAAUCGAGCCCUGGUGAACACCAUUUCAAAUUUUCUAAUAAUUUCCAAAUCAUACUUCAGCCUCUGCACGAUUUUAUUGCCUGUAAUUGACGUGGACACCAAAGAAAAUCAGUCUUUAACGGUCUUCAUACACAUACACACACGCACUUAUAGGAAUCAACAAGAAUAUGAAAAUGGAAGGAAGACUAAAGCUGACUUUUGUGGUCAGUCUUUAUCCAAUCAUUCAUCAAAUGCAUUCGAUCAAAUAUUCAAGCACAUUCAAGCCCACUUAGUUGUUCGAGUGCUUUCUAAUCGUUCGACCUCUAAAACCACAACAAAGAGGCUCAUUAGAUUUAGCGAUUACCAAAUAGCCAAGGUUUUCACUCAUUUUCUACCAAAAGCAGAAAUCGAGCACUGGAAGACAUUUUCAUGGCUCAUUUUUCUUACAAAUGCACACAAACUAUUUCUACUUAUUGUUUCCGUUGGAAAAGUAUAUAUAAAAUUUUGCUUAUUUAUUCUUAUGGGCCAACAGGACCGAAGAACUUUAUUUUUUGCAAAUGACGUUAUUCUGCUUCCCAUAAUUAAUGUUCAAGAUUCAAAUCCAUGCGUUGGAUUUUUAAAACACUUUGCGAGGUCAAAAAGAACUUCAGCAGAUGGCACAUUCAGACCUUUGCUUAACAAGUGUACUUGUACUGCUUCUGCAUGUGAUUUGGACUCCGAUUUUACUUGCUCUUCUCAAAAAGCGUGUACGAAAGAGGCUGUAAGCAAGAAACUUUCAGUUGAGUGUUGCCAUUACUUGGCUCAACCAAUGGGAAAAGAAAGGGGAAGUAAACUUGUUGGUGCAAUUUUAAACUUUUUUAAUGCGUAA